AUGACCGGAGGAACCCCGGCUCUUCAUGGCCGUGCUCCCUGCGUCCUGCUUUUCAUAGGAUCGCUUGAGGGAGACAGUUGCCUUUACUUGGUAGAUACGUUAGCAGGAGACCCAGAGGUUCUGCAAGCAGAUGCUGAAAUCUACUAUGAAAAACUCUUGAAGAAAUCAUCAUCCACUCAUGAUGUUUUUCUGAUCCCAGGAGGAGAAGAGGUUAAACUUGAAGAUUCCUGUGUGUGUUUUGUCCCUCUCUACCGAAAUAAUCCUGCUUGCAAAGUGUUGCUGUUAGCUGAUCCAAAGGAUAAAGAGACAGUUUUGGCCGUUUAUCUGAACCAGCGUUGGUGGCCUGUUGAAGAUGUUGUAAAGACAGCUGAUCUGUCUAGAGAUGGGCUGGUUUCGGUCCAGACAUUUGAAGAAAGGGUUGUUCUCUUUGUCCUGAACUACAUUAUUUUUGGAAUGCUGGAAGGGAGUUCAGCUAAUGAUGCGUUCUUUCUACCUCACUCUGCCACUGAGUGUGCCAAGAUACUCUGGAGAAAUGGCGAAGCUGUCGCCUUUUACUCGGUCAAGAGGAAAGGGAGCCUUUGUGAUGGCACAACCAGUCAGUGUUACUUGCUGCCAGUUUUGGAUACUAUAUUUGUCCGGAAAAAGUACAGAAGAGGUGGCCUAGGGAUGAAAAUGCUGCAUGAUUUCUGCCAAUCUUUCAUGGCUGAGGAUGCCUUGGGGAUCAGCUGCCCUAUUUCUGCUGCCAUGUAUCAAGUUUUUCAGAAAUUCUUGCAGACUUAUCCUGAGGAGCAGAAGCGACUGUGGGAGGUGGAAGCACCAGGAGACUGGAGCCAGCGAAUGAAUAUCUGGUUAAAAAUUCAGAUGGAGUCAUCCCCUUUGGGAAAGGCUGAAGAGGGCUCUCAGAUGGAGAAUGCUCAAAGCAGUAAGCCCAGAGAACCAUCUGUGGACCAGGUGAAUAAGGAUGUUGAAUGCAUUCAUGGUGUUGAGAAAGUGGCAGGAGAUGCUACAGAAAAAAAAGACAACACAGCAGCAGCACAGACUCUAAACUCACCAUGUCCUGAUCAAGAGGACUUAGAACAUGGUGCAGGCAAUACUCAGCGAUUCAGAAAAGGAUUCAGAAAAAGAGCAGGCCCUGGGGGCUUAGUGGGAGACAAGGCUGCCAAACAAGUUAAAAUGAUACCAUAA